GUUGUGGACCUGUCACCUAACUGCAUCAUGUUGCCAGGAUUUGUGCAAUGCUUUGUAUACCAAUGAACACCUGACAGACCUUGACCUCAGCGACAAUGCCUUAGGGGAUGAGGGCAUAAAGGUUCUGUGUGAAGGAUUAGAACACCCGUCCUGCAAACUACAGACCUUGUGGAUAGCAGAAUGUCAUCUAACAGAUGAGUGCUCUGGAGCUCUCGCCUCUGUCCUCAACAGAAACGCGACGUUGUUAUUGCUAGACUUAAGUGGAAAUAACUUCACAGAUUUUGGAAUACAAAUGAUGUGUGAUUCAUUGAUUCAUUCAAGAUCUAAUCUUAAGACAUUCUA